AAUUAAUUAUACAUGUUGUGUGUUGAAGAUCACUUCAUGUAUAAGUUUAUGUAUUUUUAAUAAACUGAAUCAGUAAACAACAACUGAUAUCACACGAGUUUCAUUAUCAUUACAUAUUAUGACAGAAGGAAAAAAAUUAUUAAUAGUUUUUAUUAUUUUACGUUUUACAGCUGGUGGUAGCAUCAGGCUUUAAGUGCUUGAACUUUAAGGCGAAAAGAUUCUCAACAUCGAUCGACUGCAACAAUUUCAUCAGCCCAGUAUGGGCAUAUCAGAAGAGACAAAGCUUGAGGAGAUACCUCACGACGGCAGAUCGCCACAUGACAAUAGAGCUGGUGGAGUUACACAGAUUGGUGGUCACAGUCCCAUGUCGGAUCAUAGCGAUGUUGAUUUAGAUAAUGAGUAUCCACAGAAGAGGAAACAGCGACGAUAUCGAACCACAUUUACGAGCUUUCAGUUAGAAGAACUUGAAAAGGCAUUCUCAAGAACUCAUUAUCCAGAUGUGUUUACUCGAGAGGAACUGGCUAUGAAAAUCGGAUUGACUGAAGCACGAAUUCAGGUCUGGUAUCAAAAUCGACGUGCAAAGUGGAGGAAGCAGGAGAAAGUCGGCCCAACUGGUCACCCUUACAAUCCUUAUUUACCAACUGGAGGAACUCCCGUCCCAUCAGCUUCGGUUGUUUCGUCAUUGCCUCCAAAUCCUUUUACCCAUUUGGGAUUUAAUCUUAGAAAGCAAUUUGAUGCUGCAAGUUUAGCUGCCUUUCGUUAUCCGCAGCUGACAGGCAAUCCAAUGAUUCCAUCUGCUUAUUUCAAUCAAUUUCAUCGUGCACCACCCCCGCCUUUGCUUCAUCCUAGUGUUGGAAGUUUAUAUUCUCCAACAGCAAGUGCAUCGUUCCAAACACUUUUGGCAAAUAUUUCAGCUGCUCAACGACCACCUCAUUUACCUCCAAUACCAACAAAAUCUCCUUCGGAAUAUUUGUCAGCACCAGUGGGUUCAACUUUAUCAGUGUCACCACCAAUCUCUCCAACAGAUUCUAAUAAAUCAUCGACUUCAGCUCCAAUGACACCGAUCAAUGUUUCAUCUCCUGUUUCGCUCAGCAAUUCAUCCCAAACGCCUGGAAAUUCCACUCCACCGCCAGAAGACCGUAGAAGCUCAUCAAUCGCUGCUCUUCGCCUUAAAGCUCGUGAACACGAAUUGCGACUUGAAAUGAUGCGGCAAAAUGGACACGAUGUCAUGAGUAAUUAAUUGUAAGCUUAUAAAUUUGCUUACUUCAUUUCGCAAUGCACUUUCUUAUGUGUCCUAAAACUUUGUGCAUUAAAUAAAAUUCUGAAUUUACCGCAAAUGCCUUAAAAUGUGAAGUGCUCUUAUUUAAAUAAAUUUAAACCGUCCUACAUUCAUAAACGCAUGCAAAUUUGGGCGACGACCGAUGAAAGUAUUUGACUAGGUAGUGAAUUUAAGGUCGCAGCCCGGGCACUGUUUGUAAUAUUUUUAAGUUAUUAUUAAACUAGAAUUUAAUUAAUUUCUUGCACAAAUUAUAAACAUUUAAGAACUAAAAUUUUAAAGCAAAGCAUUUAAU